AUGGUCGCUGAUACAAUUCUUUAUCAUCCAACAUUCGGUAAAUUAACCAGAUUCCUUGAUUCUACUCCCAAGAGAGAAAAAUGUUUUAGAUUAGUGGUAUAUUUGUCGAGAUUUUUGUCGUACUACUUACAAAGACAAGGAUUUUCACCAGAUGUGGUUAACAUAUUUAAAGACUUGAAGCAUCACAUCACAAUUAUCAGGAAAGGUAUGAGAUUCUUGAAGCCUUUGAACCAUCUUCAAGCUGCAGCCCAAACUUUCGAUAAUAAGUUAAUGGAUCCAGUUUUGCAAAAGACCACGGUUAUUAAAAACUUGGGUUACGUUGGAUACCUUUCGUUGGAUUCGAUUACGUGGUUGAAGUUGAUGAACAUCCUUUCAGCCAAGAGAUUCCCAACAAUUUCCACCUGGUCGUCGAGAUUCUGGUUGAUUGCCUUGAUUGCGGGUGUUAUCAACUCAUUGAGAACUUUGAAGAUCAGCAACGCCAAGUUGGAAGAAAAAGAAAGCGAAGAGAUCAACCAGAAGAUCUACGCUGCCAAGAGAAAAUUGGUCUGGGACUUCUUGGAUAUGUUCACCUGUUUGAACAGUUUGAACUACUUGCACUUCACCGAAGGAGAUGUUGGUUUAGCUGGUACUAUUACUUCGAUUAUGGGUUUACAUGACUUGUGGAAGUCUUCAAAAUAA